UAAUUUUAUUCCAUUACUCAUCCAAAAACAUAUUCUCGUGAAUAGUAUAGGAUGGCUUGAUAAAAUAAAAAUAAUGUGAAACAAUAACAUUAUUAUCGAGAGAAUAUUUCUUAAAUAAUUCGAUAUGCUGACCUGUUGUAUCAAAAAACAUCAUAAAAAGGAUGAUUACACACUUAAUCAGAAAAUCAAAUCAAGAGAGCCACCAACGCAAACAGUCCCAAUCACUCCAAAACAAAAUGAUCCCGUAGAUUUGAAAAAUGGAACAGAAAAUGAGCCAACUACUGGAUCUUCACCACUACCAAGAAGGGUUAGAAGCUUGUCCGGCACGAGUUUUUACAGUAUAAAAUCAUAUAGAUCUACUGAUCAAGGAGACUAUUACAGUGUUUGUAGUGAAAGCUCAUUCAAAAGAUCCAUAGUUUUCACUCUUCUAGGACGAUUUAGCAUAGUUAAACCAUAUAAUUUAGUUUUACUGUAUGAACCCUUGAAGAGAUUCCAGAUAUGGAGACUUUUGACCAGUGUUUUGUAUUACCCUAUUCAGCAGGCUGGAUUCCACUAUCUCAUCAAUCUAUAUUUUUUGUAUAAUUAUUCAAGAAGGCUGGAAGAAGGUGCUUUUGCUGGUAAACCUGCAGAUUACCUCUUCCUAUUAAUCUUCAACUGGAUAUGCUGCAUUAUUCUAGGUUUGAUUGCAGAACUGCCUAUAUUGAUGGACCCCAUGAUCCUGUCCGUGCUCUACGUAUGGUGCCAAUUGAACAAAGACACCAUAGUCUCCUUCUGGUUCGGCACCCGUUUCAAGGCCAUCUACCUGCCCUGGGUGCUGCUAGCCUUCAACCUGGUCCUCAGCGGAGGCGGCAUCAUGGAGCUGUUCGGCAUCCUGAUCGGGCACCUCUACUUCUUCCUGAUGUUCAAGUACCCCCAGGAGCUGGGGGGGCCGUCUUUGCUGCAGACGCCCGCCUUCCUGAAGGGAUUGUUUCCCGAUCAAGUGGGCGGGGUCCACGGGUUCGGCGUGCCUCCCGAGAGGGCGGCAGGGGCGCCUGGGGGCGCUCCCAGGGGCAGGGGCAUGUUCGGGGGGCACAAUUGGGGGCCAGGGCAUACUCUCCAUGGAAAUUGAAAGGAACUUUUGAUGGGAGUGUUUUUGUAUGAGUGUAAUAUACUAUACUACUACUACUAGUACUACUACAGAAUACUACUUGUUAAUUAUUACUGUAUGAAAUUGUUAAUUUAUGAAUAAAACAUAUAUACC